AUGUCUCAAAUAACUUCCGUCCAAGAGCUCAAAAUCGAUUUUGAUCAAUACCACACGGAUCUGGUGGCUGAUCUUCAACGUUGGAACAAUGCAAUUGAUGGAACAAUAGCCAACCGAGUCUUCCAAGCGUUUUGUGCUCUCAAUAGAUUGCACCUGAAGAUUGUUUUUAUCGAACGCAGGAAGGUCCUCGUUGAACGCAUGAGUAGCUUGCCCACAGACGCUCGAGCCGAGAUUUUGAGCGAGUACGAGAGACUCUUGGCCUUGAUGUAUCCGAUGCGCGAGUGGUAUGAGACCAUUCGAGAUGAUUACCGCGCUUUACAGACCGCUCAAAGUAAUGGAGAUUGGGAAACUGCCAGAGAGCUAGAGGAAGAGCUUGAUCUAGAGCCCGGACAUGUUUGA